AUGGACUACUGGGGAAUGCCCGCUGUUCGUACUAAUCUCCAACCCUUCACAUUUGGCAUAGACAUCUCCAGCUGCCAGGCCGCCAUUCCGGGCGAUGGCAAUGAUGUUAUAUGCAUGACAUAUACGUAUGACAUGGCUGCGUUCAUUGUAAGACUACUGGAUGAGGAGGAUUGGCCCGAGUUUAGUGUUAUUGUUGGCUCUCAAACCACCUAUAAUCAGCUCCUCCAGCUAGCCGAAGAACUACGAGGCAAGAAGUUUCAGGUUGUCUACGACAGCGUGGAUAAGAUCAAGGAAGGAGAUGUCACUAUUCCUCCAAUGCCGUCCGACACAGGGUACUCUGUUGAGGAGCUUAAGGAGACUACGGCAUUAGUGAGUCGAUUGACUAUUUCCGGAGUGUUUGAUUUGCCCCGUGAGAAUCGGCUGAAUGCGAGGUUUCCCGAUACUGAAACAACCAAGCUCAAAGCUUUUCUAGAAAAGGCGUGGGGAAACUCUCAAUAA